AUGGGGAACUGCCAAGCGGCGGACGCGGCGGCCGUGGUGAUCCAGCACCCGGGCGACGGCAAGGUGGAACGCCUCCACUGGCCGACCACCGCGGCGGACGUCAUGCGCAGGAACCCCGGCCACUACGUCGCCCUCGUCGUCCUGCACCAUGCCGACACCGAGCCCGGCCCCGCCGUCGCCGGAGAAAGAGGAGGUGCCAGGAUAACCAAGAUCAAGCUCCUCAAGCCAAGGGACACGCUCCUCCUCGGCCAGGUCUACCGCCUCAUCACCUCCCAAGAGGUGACCAAGGCCGUGCAGACGAGGAAGCAGGAGAGGAUGCGUGGCUGCGACGAGGCCGUCGAGCGGGGGCGGCCGCGGUUGCACCGGCGACGGCAACUGCCGAGGCCGAGGGGCGACGACCCAACCACGGCCACCAGAGGCGAACAGAGGCAGCCCGCCGAUCAUCAGGAACGGAAGCGGCUGGAGACGGACCGGCAACACCGGAGCAUCGCCGCCGCCCGCGGCAGAGGACGGCACUGGCGACCGGCGUUGCAGAGCAUUACAGAGUCAUCGUGGAGCGGACAGACAGACUGCGAGGAUACAUGUAAAGAGACUCUACAUGUAAACGAACUAGAGUAG